UUACGCAACCCCGGGAUAAGGAAUAAAAAAUUGCAUUCAAACCAUAAAAAAAGUAGCAUGAUUGCAGCAUCAUAGCACGAACGUCACUCUCAGUCGAGAAUCGGAGAAACGAGAGUUCUGAACAGAACCCUAACAACAUCACUCAAUCUCUCUCUCUAUGGCAUCCAAUUCCAACGCCACCAACACGCUACUUUCCAUUUCCUACAACCACGGUUCUCUUCAGCUUCUCGAUCAGAGGAAGCUUCCUUUAGAAAGCGUUUACUUGGAAAUUCGGGAUUCAAACGAUGGCUGGAAUGCUAUACGAGAUAUGGUGGUCCGAGGAGCACCUGCUAUUGCUAUUGCUGCAGCUCUCUCUCUGGCUGUAGAGGUAUCCAAUUUAGAUGAUUUCAAUGGAUCUACUGAUGAUGCUGUAUACUUCCUGCAGAAGAAGUUGGACUAUCUUGUCUCGAGUCGGCCAACCGCGGUGAACUUAUCAGAUGCUGCGACAAAACUCAAAGAAAUCAUAUUGAAAGCUGCUGCUACAACUUCAGAGGCUAGGGGUGUUUUUCAGGCUUAUGUAGAAGCUUCCGAAAUAAUGCUUGAGGACGAUGUUGCAUCAAACAAAGCAAUUGGGACUUAUGGAGCUAAAUUUAUUCAAAACCAUACAGAGAAACAAAAGCUUUCUGUUUUGACCCAUUGCAACACUGGAAGUUUAGCCACAGCUGGAUAUGGUACUGCUCUUGGUGUAAUCCGUGCCCUUAACAGUGGAGGAGUUUUAGAAAGGGCUUAUUGUACUGAAACACGCCCAUUCAAUCAAGGAUCCAGACUUACUGCCUAUGAGUUGGUACAUGAAAAAAUACCAGCAACUCUCAUAGCAGAUUCUGCUGCAGCUGCACUAAUGCAAGCAGGCCGUGUAGAUGCUGUUGUUGUUGGCGCAGAUCGUGUUGCAUCAAACGGUGACACGGCCAACAAAAUUGGAACCUAUAGUGUUGCCUUAUGUGCCAAGUUUCAUAAUGUACCUUUUUAUGUUGCUGCACCCUUGACUUCCAUUGAUCUAUCACUUUCUUCUGGGCAACAAAUUGUCAUUGAGGAGAGAUCUCCCAAGGAGUUGUUGAACUCACGCGGAGGACUCGGAGAGCAAGUUGCUGCCUCAGGAAUAUCUGUGUGGAAUCCGGCGUUUGAUGUUACACCUGCUAAUCUAAUUUCUGGGAUCAUCACUGAGAAGGGUGUCAUUACAAAGACUACUGCUGGUGAUGCUUUUGACAUAAACGCUUUCGUACAGAAAACAGGUUAAGGGUGGAAUCUAUUCAAUAUAAAUGAUCUAUGGUGUGAAAUGAAAUGUGUUUAAUCAAAUUGUAGAUUUGAGUUGUAUGUUUUAGAGGGGAGUUGUAGAUCAACUCUUUCAAUGUAAGUGUUCCGGAGAAGAAACAGGGAGCUGGCUAAUAAACAAGUCAAAAAGAAAUUGGUGGCGACCAUGACUUGCGCAGCUAAAAUCGAGUGGUGUAAUUUAUCGGUUAAUGCAAGAUAUGGUUUUAUCAGUUUUGUUUUUGACAACACAAGACAUGUUUGUAUCAGAUAUAAUAAGGUUCUAAACUAUGUAAUGCUGCAUUUGACAUCAAAUAAGAUUAUUAUACUGUAUGGUUCUUAUA